AUGUUUAACAGCCAAAACCCAUAUAGCCAAACGCCUCCUACUAGUCAAGGGAUUUAUCAGCAGCAGCAGCAACAACAGCAGCAACAGCAGCAUGAUAUGAGUGCAUACCAAGGUAUUCAAAGACCUCCUGCUGCUGAUUUCAAUGGGAAUUAUUUGAGGCAACAAGGUUCUCAACAAUCACUUCAAGAUGCUGCUGCUCAGCAACAUGAGCAACCACAACAAAUUAUUGGUGGUGGUUUUACUGAUAUCCCAUCUUUAAAUUAUCCAGCAACACCCCCGUCGCAUAGUAAUUUCGCUAUACCGAAUCAAAACCAAAUGAUAAAUACUCCUCCACCAACUAUGGGCGCUUUAUAUAAACAUAGUAACAACUCACAAAGUUUGGUUCAAAAUAACAUUCACACUAGUAAUAAUCAUGGUAUAAUCCAACAACCAUCUUCUAGUAAUUUGCAACAAAGUUAUGGGUUUUCUUCUCCAAGUCAAUAUUCCGCUGAUUCUGAAUACUUACAAGGUAACGCCAUGAGUAGAUCCAGUAGUCCCUACCAGCAACAACAACAAGCUGUCGGCCAGCAAUACUAUAACAUUGGUUCCAAUGACCCAAGUCCUGUGAAAUCAAUCAAGAAUAAUUUCCAACCGCAACUGCAAAAUCAAAAUCAACAAUAUCAAAGACAGCAACCUAUCCAACCUAUACAAGCAACCCAGCAGCAACAACAACAACAACAACAACAACCGAAUAUACCGACUCAAAAUCAAAUGAACCAGACAUUAAUGCAACAACAGCAACAGCAACAACAAGAUUCCACUCCUAAUUAUAUGUAUUUUGAAAGAAGACCAGAUCUACUGACGAAAUCUACCCAAGAUAAAGCAGCAGCGGUGAAACUAAAAAUUGAAAACUUUUACCAAUCCUCAGUGAAGUAUGCCAUUGAAAGAAAUGAAAGAAGAGUAGAACUAGAAAACGAAUUAGCUUCUCACGAGUGGUCUGAGGAACGAAGAAAUAGACAACUAGCAUCAUUGGGUAAGAAAGAAUCUCAAUUCUUAAGAUUAAGAAGAACAAGGUUAUCUUUAGAAGAUUUCCAUACCGUUAAAGUCAUCGGUAAGGGUGCCUUUGGGGAAGUUAGAUUAGUACAAAAAAGAGACACAGGGAAGAUUUAUGCUAUGAAGACUUUAUUGAAAUCAGAAAUGUAUAAGAAGGAUCAAUUGGCUCAUGUUAAAGCUGAAAGAGAUGUUUUGGCAGGGAGUGAUUCUCCAUGGGUUGUGUCUCUAUAUUAUUCUUUCCAAGAUACCCAAUAUUUAUAUUUGAUUAUGGAAUUCUUACCUGGUGGUGACUUAAUGACUAUGCUGAUUAGAUGGCAAUUGUUUACUGAAGAUGUUACAAGGUUUUAUAUGGCAGAAUGUAUACUAGCUAUUGAAACAAUUCAUAAGCUAGGUUUUAUCCAUAGAGAUAUAAAACCGGAUAAUAUAUUGAUUGAUAUUAGAGGUCAUAUUAAAUUGUCUGAUUUUGGGUUAUCUACUGGGUUUCAUAAGACUCAUGAUUCUAAUUAUUAUAAGAAAUUACUACAAGAUGAUGAAAAUAAUGGUGAUGGUAACAAUACAAACAAUUUGGCAAAACCUGGUUCUGUGAAUCCUAAUGAUGAUACCAGGAGGCAAUCAAAUGUGAUUGAUUCAAUUAAUUUGACAAUGUCUAAUAGGCAACAGAUCCAAACAUGGCGUAAAUCUCGUCGUUUAAUGGCAUACUCCACUGUUGGUACUCCAGAUUACAUUGCACCAGAAAUCUUCUUAUAUCAAGGUUAUGGACAAGAAUGUGAUUGGUGGUCCCUUGGUGCAAUCAUGUAUGAAUGUUUAAUUGGAUGGCCUCCAUUUUGUUCAGAAACACCACAAGAAACUUACCGUAAGAUUAUGAAUUUUGAACAGACAUUACAGUUCCCUGAUGAUAUUCAUAUUUCCUAUGAAGCGGAAGAUUUGAUCCGUCGUCUUUUAACUCAUGCAGAUCAAAGGCUAGGACGUCAUGGUGGAGCAGAUGAAAUUAAGAGUCAUCCAUUUUUCCGUGGUGUCGAUUGGAACACUAUUAGACAAGUAGAAGCUCCGUAUAUUCCAAAAUUAAGUUCGAUUACUGAUACUAGAUUCUUCCCAACAGAUGAACUAGAAAACGUUCCAGAUUCUCCUGCAAUGGCUCAAGCUGCAAAACAAAGAGAGCAAAUGAUGAAAAAUGGUGGAGUUAAUGGUAAUGCUACCCCAGUGAAAGAAGAUUUACCAUUUAUUGGUUAUACCUAUUCUCGUUUUGAUUAUCUGACAAGAAAGAAUGCCAUUUGA